UAAGCAUGAUGAUGACUCCCUUUUGUAUAGUUUCGAAUUCUCCGUCUCUUGAAAAUUCUCUUCCAGAUCUCUCUCUCUCUCUCUGGGCAACGACGCAGAUCACUUCCUAUGGCGGCGGAGAAAUGGGUGUACAUGGUGACGGCUCAAACCCCGACGAACAUCGCUGUGAUUAAGUAUUGGGGAAAAAGAGACGAGGUCCGUAUCCUCCCCGUUAACGACAGCAUCAGCGUAACUCUCGAUCCCGAUCACCUCUGCACCGUCACCACCGUCGCCGUCAGUCCAGCUUUCGAUCGUGAUCGAAUGUGGCUCAAUGGCAAGGAGAUCUCUCUUUCAGGGAGUAGGUACCAGAACUGUUUGAGGGAGAUUCGAAGCCGUGGUGGUGAUGUUGAAGACAAGGAGAAAGGUGUGAAGAUUGAGAAGAAAGAUUGGGAGAGAUUGAAUCUUCAUAUUGCUUCUCAUAACAAUUUUCCUACUGCUGCUGGCUUAGCUUCCUCAGCUGCUGGAUUUGCUUGUCUAGUUUUUUCUCUUGCAAAGUUGAUGAAUGUGGAGGAAGAUCCAAGCCAGCUUUCUGCGAUAGCCAGGCAAGGUUCAGGGAGUGCUUGCCGUAGUUUAUUUGGUGGAUUUGUCAAGUGGAAAAUGGGGAGCAAGGACGAUGGAAGUGACAGCGUUGCAGUUCAACUUGCUGAUGAGAAGCAUUGGGAUGAUCUUGUUAUCAUCAUUGCUGUGGUGAGUUCACGCCAGAAGGAAACGAGCAGCACCUCUGGAAUGCGUGAAAGUGUUGAGACGAGUUUGCUUUUACAGCACAGAGCAAAAGAAGUUGUGCCAAAACGGAUUGUGCAAAUGGAGGAAGCUAUUAAAAACCGAGAUUUUGCAUCUUUUACCCAAUUGAGCUGCACAGACAGUAAUCAGUUUCAUGCUGUUUGUCUAGAUACAUCUCCACCCAUAUUUUACAUGAAUGACACCUCCCACAGGAUAAUUAGCUUAGUUGAAAAGUGGAACCGUUCUGAAGGGACUCCACAGGUUGCUUACACAUUUGACGCUGGCCCAAAUGCUGUACUGAUUGCUCGCAACAGAAAGGUAGCUGUUCAACUUCUCCAGGGGCUUCUCUACUAUUUCCCUCCUAAGUCUGACACUGACAUGAAGAGUUACGUAGUGGGAGACAAUUCGAUUCUAAAGGAGGCAGGAUUAGAUGGAGAAAACAGUGUAGAGAAUCUGCAACCUCCACCUGAAAUUAAAGACAACAUCGGAACACAGGAUCAAAAAGGAGAAGUCAGUUAUUUUAUCUGCACUAGACCUGGAAGGGGUCCCGUCGUGCUUCCCGACCAAACUCAAGCUCUUCUCGAUCCGGAAACUGGUCUUCCCAAGUGAGCAUUGUCUCUGCUUCCAUCCUUUUAACUGCAAGUUUAAGAAGCAUAUAUUUGUGGCAGAAGCUUUGUUGUUAAUUGUUAUCUACUGCUAGCUUUCUUAAUACCAAUAAAAAAUUUAUAAAAAAUUCAUUGUUAUUGUUUUA